AAGCCUGAGCUCAGAACCCAUGCUCUUAAUUAAGGUACCACACUGCCUCCCUUCUGAUGAAGGCCCAGAGGGGCAGAGGAACCUUGGGAGGUCACACAGCAAGCUAUUGGCUGUAUACAAACCCAGGAUUCCUGAAUCCCAGGCCUCUGUUCUUGCACCCAUAUACUCCAGGCCCUCCAUUUAUUCCAGGGAUAAUAUGAGCAGGUUCUUCAUGGGAGAGAGACAUAAAGGAAAUUUCUCCUGCAAUGAGGCACUUGUGAGAUUCUUGAGAGAGAUUAAUACAAUCUUAUCAAAGAGCACAGUGAUUCAUGCCAGCCCACCCUGUCAAUCAGAAAUCGGCAGAACUAUAAUUUCUAUCAAACUAUAAUUAGCUGAAUUUCCUUUUGUAAUCUUGGGAAUCCGAACUGACUGCAGCCUAUCAUUGGAGCUGUGGGAUAAUGAUCAGCUGCUUCUCGUACAAAAAGGUUAGGAGUCAAAAUGCCCUACGGGUCCCUUUGAUGUUUAAAGAGGAAUCAUUAAUGCAAAGACACGAAAAAAUUAGUGGAAUUUCAAAUACAAAACAAAUGUAGCCUUGUUGGGAUCCAGGGUUUCAUGGAGGGAGGGAUGCUUGCCCGGCUGCUAAACCAGGAUGGCUUCCUGGCCACGGCCACCCCCUCUUUGGACAAGUGCCACAGAGUGGGUGAGGAGUGGGGUCAGUAUUUCUCUAGGGCCAGCAUGGUGCCAGGUAAACAGCGCACUUACAAGAAGUAAGUGGAGAAUGAAUGAGUAGAUGAAUGAAUGAAUGAAGUGGGAGAGCUUGGUGUUUUGUUCCUACACGUGAGCCUUUGCCACCUGGCAUUCUACCUGGAAUACCUUCCCCUCUUUCUGACUCUCUGCCUGGGGAAUCUGCUGCUCAGCCUUCAAGACUCACCUCAAAUGCCCCUUUCUUCAGGAAGACUUCCUGGAUUUCCUCCCCAACUUGGCUGCUCUCUCCUCAAGCUCCUGGGGCCUUAGUCUGCAUUUCCUCUCCCGCUAACCCCAGUCAAGCCUUCUGUGGCAGGCACCACUCUGCACUGAGGAUUUAUGUCAAUGAAAUUGACUUGGGACCCCAUCCAAGGGGGUCUGCAUUUUAUUGAGGGGAGACGGAACACAGGCAGUAACCUGUGCUCAUCAAAAGGUGCUCACCAGCCUUUUUGUGUCCUUGCUCCAUCAGGGAAUCUCUGGGAAAGACCUCAUCUGCCCCAUCUCUGUGUCCCCAGAGCUGAGGGGCAUCACCAGAAAAUGGAUAUUAGGAUCCCAGAUCAUAAAUCUACCCUUGACCUCAUCCCCCAGUCCCUUCUCAGCCUGGCAGGUAGAGCAUUCUUUCAGCAACCUGAGUCGGACCCAUCCUUCCCCUGCUCCCCAAUUCAUUCAAGCGAAAGUCAAAGGCCUUAAAAAGCCCUGCAAGGGUAGGACCAACAAACUUGCCCUUUGAGAGGAGAAGGGGGCCCCCGUAAGAAUACACUAGAGCGGAGGAAACGAAGCUACUAGGGAAAGGGAGGGCCCACUGACAGCCAUCCCAGUAACCCGACCACCACUGGUCUUCGCUGGACACCAUGAACCACACUGUCCAAACCUUCUCUCCUGUCAACAGUGGCCAGCCCCCCAGCUAUGAGAUGCUCAAGGAGGAGCACGAGGUGGCUGUGCCGGGGGCGCCCCACAACCCUGCUCCCCCGACGUCCACUGUGAUCCAUAUCCGCAGUGAGACCUCCGUGCCCAACCAUGUUGUCUGGUCCCUGUUCAACACCCUCUUCGUGAACCCCUGCCGCCUAGGCUUCAUAGCAUUCGCCUACUCUGUGAAGUCUAGGGACUGGAAGAUGGUUGGCAACCUGACCGAGGCCCAGGCCUAUGCCUCCACCGCCAAGUGCCUGAACAUCUGGGCCCUGAUUUUGGGCAUCCUCAUGACCAUUCUGCUCAUCGUCAUCCCAGUGUUGAUCAUCCAAGCCCAUCGAUAGAUCAGGAGGCAUCACUGAGGCCAGGAGCUCUGCCCAUGACCUGUAUCCCACGUCCUCCACCUUCCAUUCUUCGCCCUG